AUGGCGUCAUCGAUUCCCACAUUUCAACAGUUGAUAUCAGUUAAUCGAUUCCGAGAAUCAGUAAAUAAUCAUUUCGAAAAACAAAUUGAUGAAGGUCAAUUGUAUGAUCCACGUGAUCUCCAACGUUUCAAUGAAAUUGAUGAGUACACAAUGAUGUUCAUCCGCCAUGGACAGUUCGGAGCAACUUUUGAUGAAGAUCGAGCGAUGAGCGUGUUUAACGCUUCGUUGAGUUGGAGGAAAGAGCACCAUGUUUAUGACAUCUCACCAGAGGAGUUUCCUGCCAAUUAUUUUGAUCGCAAUGCAAUCUAUUUUAAAAAUCAUGACACAAACAACAACCCUAUACUUCACUUUGUUGUGCGAACAUUUAACAAAGGUCAAGAGGAUAAUGAAGCAGUCAAACGCUUUAUAACAUAUAAUUUCGAAAGACACACACGUCGUCAUCCUGGCCAAUCAAUUGUGAUUCUAUUUGAUAUGAGUGAAACCGGUCUUAAACAUUUAGAUUACGAUUUGGUGAAAUUUGUCAUUGGUUGCGGACAAAUUUAUUAUCCCGGUUUAUUAGCCUAUAUGCUUAUCUUCAAAAUGCCAUUUAUCUUGACAGCGGCGUGGAAAAUAAUUCGUUCCUGGCUGCCUACCGAAGCAGAACAAUUUAUAAAAUUCGUUGAUGCUAAGUCAAUCACGCAGUACGUGUCAACUGAUCAAUUGUCAACAUCGAUGGGCGGUACUUGUCUUAUCUAUUUAACCAUGUCACACAAAACUCUCAAUCUUAAUGAUGAUGCUACAAAUUACGUUCACAUUCAUGACCCAAUCAACGACGCUGUAGAAGACUCAAUGAAUGCAAAUUCGAAGAAAAAAGUGACGUUUGCAGAUACUGGCUUACUUGAUUUACCCCUUUCAUCGGAAACGCUUUCGAAUACAGUAAAUCAUCUUCCUAAAGUGGAAUUAUCACCGAUGGAAGAUCCAUUAACUCCCGAAGAACCUGCUUAUUCUCUUCCCACGACCGAAACAUCUCUGUCAACUGUUCGAAAAUCAAUUCUACAAAAACCUUCGACAGUUAAUGGAUAUGUUGGCGAAGAAAAAGUUUUCCAUGGACUUGCCAUUAGACCACAUGAUGAGUUGGUUUUCGAAAGAAUAGAUCCUCCUCCACAUGGAACUGCUGAUUGUAUUCAAACAAUAUUGUUAACCAAUACGGGUGAUAAGCUCUUAACGUUCAAAAUCAAAACAACCUCACCAGAUAAGUUCCGCGUGAAACCCGGAUGUAGUCUACUCCAUCCUGGUGAAACAGCAACAAUUAACGUUUACUUGUUGAAAGCUUAUUGUACAUUAUCGAACGAGAUCAAUAAAGAGAAAUUUUUAAUUAUCUGGACAUUGAUCAGUCAAGAAUUCAAACAAGCACAAUUGGUUGAAUUCUGGAAGCAUGUGUCGAGUUCUGCACUCUAUGAACAUCGAUUAAAAUGUGCGUUUGAGAAUGGUCGCAAGACACCAUCUGCUCCAAUAAUAAAACAGUCCGAUGAAAUCAGUCCAAUGCGCUCAUCACCUACUUCUCCUGAUUCUUCUCUGAGUGAGAUGCAGAAAAUAUUGAAAGAAUCCAUUACAUUGCAGAAAACAACAAUGGCUCAAACAUCAAGAGAUCUCCAACGAAUUCAAAAUUUACUUUUAAUUAUCUUUGGACUCUUAAUUGUAAUCUUACUAUGGGACAUAUAUAAACACUUUUUUUCUUUUUCAUCACCCUCAUCAUCGAUCCCAUCGUUGUCAAAGUCUGAUCUAUAA